GGGCAAAUGAGAGAAAGAGGGAAACAAAACGUGACGAGGCACCCGAAGCGUCCUGUUAUGCAACUGCUGACCUACUAACAUACAUUUCUAAACAGAAGCGGCGAGCAGCAGGAUACUGUGUAGCACCUCGCCAACAAAACACAAGGAACCGGAGCAAAAGCGCACGCCUGCGCGACCCAUGCGUAAAGAUCAGCCUGUGUGGGAAUCACUUUGCCUGUAUUAUCCAAAUCACCGAGGCUAACACCAAGGGUGGACGAGAGUCAUUCAAGCCAGCGGACGCCAGAUAUUUUGGAUACGCUCACCAAAGCCACAAACGCCUUUCAUCAAACAGCCAACUGACGGCUCAAAAACCAUCAGCUUUCGUUCUCAAGAGGCUAACGGUCCGCGGCAGACGGAGUGACCUACAUCCUCCAACACCCCUGAGGCGCUGGGACACAUCUCUGUCAGCUUGGAAGAGCGAAUGAAUAAACUGAAAACAAACAAAAGGAAUCAAGAGUCUUUAAAGAUUUGUCCUACUCCAUACUUCUGGAUUUUUUGGGACACAGGUCACAGCUAAAGUGUAAAAGAAGAUUUUACUCACUAAAAAGGUGUUGAGUUUGUUAAAUGCAGAAGAUUUAUAAAGAGGUUCAUCUCUUUUUGCUAAAACUCUGAGACACUCGUCAGCUAAAUCAAUGAGGUUCAGCUUUCCAGGAACUACAAUACCUCAUAAAGUUUUCGGUGAUCCAGCUACUUAGCUGAAAAGUGAUCAAGUCCAUCGUACAUUGGGAGAUUUUAGAGGAAUUCUUGUAGACAUAUUUCCUCUUCACCCCAUCCCUGGUUUUUAUUCCUUUUUGUGGAGCCAAGAUCGCAAACUGGCUCUCGUCAAGGAACAAUGGAAAGUUUAAACCUACAAAACUCCACGAAUUCCAGUGCAAGCGAAACAUCCGAAAACCUGGACGGCUUUUCAGGCUACGACGACCUUCUCCAUUCACCUCAAUCCAACCCUCGCCAGGGCCGCCUUCUCAAACCUAAGCCGAACAUGAGCUGCCGACGCAAGCGUGAAUUCAUCUCUGACGAGAAAAAAGAUGCAUCGUACUGGGAAAAGCGACGCAAGAACAACGAGGCAGCCAAACGUUCCCGGGAGAAGCGGCGCAUUAACGACAUGGUCCUGGAGACCAGAGUCAUGGCGCUUAAUGAUGAGAAUGUGCGCCUGAAAACUGAGCUGUUACAACUUAAGCUCAGGUUUGGCCUCAUUAGCACGGCCUCCUAUGUGGAGAAGAGUCAGCAGAUCAGUGGAACCGGAAGCAACACCACAUCUUCCUCAACCCCCAAUCGAUUUUUCCCCAGUGUUUCUCAGAUGAUUAUGAACUCUGAUUCUUCUGAAACAGAGCAGUCUGUUCGAGGCGAGAGCCAUGUGAUGAUGGCAAAAUACUCCCCACGAGGUUCGCUUUCAGAUAUGUCUGAUGGCUCCUCUCGAGACAGCCCAGAGCCGCUGAGUUAUAACAUCAAGCAGGAACAGGUGGGACUUGAUAUGGACAUGGUUGAUAGCAGCAACACACAGCUCAUGUUCAACAUCCAUUCUAGGUUGCCUGCAGUACUUCACCAGCACACUUUUGAACAAAGUUAUCCCACUAACCAACAGAAACACAUUGCAAGUCCAGUCACCCCUCAGUCUGCUCAAAGGAGCGUCAUCCUGUACCGUUCAAGCAGUGCCUCCUAUCCUGUUGAAAGUCAGGAAAUGAUUCACAGGCAACAGCAGAACCUUUCCCAACCUACAGAGGGACAAAUGGGAAGUCCCCAAAGCUUAGCAGAGGUGACCAGACAAAUGGAGAGGAAGACUCUGGACUCUCCUCCUUUUGACUUUGCAGAUGAUGAAACGAUUGAAAGGCAGGCUUACAUUGUCCAGGAAGCGACCCACAGAGUUGAUGUGGCUGCCCCAGACCUUCUACUAAGACCAGAGGAUGUUGAUGAAACUCAGAAGUACCGUCAAUCUAACGGCACCCUAGAGGAUGAUGAGCCACCUGUGCUCACAUUUGAAGGAGGCUUGAGACACGAAGCCUACUAUUAUCCUCGCUCAUCCAAGGACACUUCCUCAAGCGACGGAGAUCCCCGUAGCUCUGAUAAAGAGGGCUCCACCGAUGAUGAGGAGUCUCCCUCUUCGUCUUGCUCUGAUACAGGUAGCCAUGCAUUCAUGACUCAAAGCUCCUCACCUAGCCAAUGCAAAGAUGGCCAAGCGGAAAUCAGAGGCACAGCCCUACCCCACAAACUGAGACUCAAGCACAGAGCUCAGUGCAAUGACAGGGCAACAUCUCAAGACUCGCCAACAACUCCGCCUGCUAACAUCCAGCUGUUACCUCAGCAUCCUUACUUGGCACUGUCUCAACAGAGCCAGCAGGCUCAUAGAGAAAAAGACAGACAGUCAAUUGAAGGCUUUUGCAAGCAGGCCACCUCAACAGAGGGAGCAAGGAUUGAAUGCGGAAAGAAGGAUUCCAGCACACGUAAUAGUCGUAACAAGAGACACGACUGAAGCAAAUUAGACUUUUGGGGCUUGAUGGAAAGCCCAGAGAGACGUUUCCCUUUAUCUUGCUGUCCUGCUUUGAUCCAUUGACUCUUUACCCAUUCCCUGUUUUUUGCCCAGGGAUGAGAUAUUAGCUGGACAACAGGAUAGCAUCAGGACAAAACGUUACGCACUGUAUCAUAAUGUAUAGACCAACUUUGUUUGUUUUGAAUUGUUUGCUCUCCUCCUUAAGGUUGCAGUAGGAAUUUUACAAAUUAAUUAAUUAAUUCAGAUGUUUUGAUCACACAUAAGAUGUCUUUGUCAAAGUGUAUAUUAAAUUCAACAGCAAUAGCCACACUUUGUGAGACAUGAUGGAUUUUUCUUUGUAAAUAGAUAACUGUAAGUGCCCCGUUCAUAGUUUGUGGACACUGUUACACAUCAAAAUAACCUGCAGGUGGCUUUUUAUCGUCUUUAAACAUACCAAACACCAAAAGAUUCAGGGAACGUUCCCUUGACCAAAGAUAUGUGGCUUUAAGUUCGUACUUCUUUUCGCUCCCUACCUCUCUUUGCUUUUCCAACAGUCCAGUCUAGUUCCCUCAAAAGUCAACUACUUUUCACGUUUAAGCACUUGAUUUUUAUGUAUAAAAUGUGAUUAUUAUAUUAAUAUAUUUUAGGAGGAAAACAAAAAAAGGUUACAAAAAGAAAACAGUUCAGAUAAUGAAUUUGUCCUUGUGAAAAAUACGGUAGUAUACUGUAAAGUUUUUGUCUCGAUGUGUUUGCCGUUAAAAACCCCGUAAACUAAUUUUUUACUUUUUAAAUUUGCAAGUUUUUUAAAAAAAAAACUCUGGUUUUAUAGGAAAAUUACAAAAUGCUCCAAAGCCUUUAAUGAUACAUUGGUUGGUGUUAGCUGUAUGUUAUAGUUACAAAAAAAUUGUGGCAGUUUUUGCUCACUAAAAUGUCUGGUUUAGAAACAAAGUAUUUUCCUGGUAAAUGUUUAACACUUUAAAACAACGAAAGGCUGCUUUAUGUAGGCACCCUAUUUAUUGUUUUCCUUAGACAUGCACUGAUGUAAAAACUUCUUGUUGGUUCACUUCAUAAUCAUAUAGAUGAUAAGCCAGAUUGUUUUUCUAGACUUUAUUUAAAAAUAACUGCGCUUUUCUUGAUACAUUCUCACACGUUUUCUUACAUCAGUAUAAAUGGAUAAUAAAUAAUAGCAGGCUUUACUCUUACCAAGUUGGCUUAAUCUUCUCCCCACGUACUACAUCUUAAUUUUACUUAUGUAAAUGAACCCCUUUUUAUAUUUUUCUAAAUAAGUGAGAUUAAUUUAUGGCACUUGUGUACAAAUGUAAAAUAUUUCCUCAUGGCACUGUAUUGUGUGUUCAAAUGAAAUGUUUUGGGCAAAGUGUUGUCCUUGUUUAUCACUGCGUCUUUACUUUUUCGUUUACUGCGAUUGUGUAACUGCUCAUCACAAUGUCACUAUCCCGCAGCCCUUGUGUGUGUUUUAUAUACAGUAAGUGAUGUUUGAUGUCUUUAAGGUUUUUAUCAAAAAGAAACAUGGAGAAAAAUGUGAGCAUUUGGUGUUCUUGAGUGGAUGGUGACGCUGCUGUUCUGCUGCUCUGUUUUGAUGCAUAUUGUAAAAACACUAAAUUUCAGUGGUAGGUUUGGGUGCAUUUUUUUAAAAAUUCUUAUAAAAAAUAAAAAUGAUGAUGUUGAGAUUUUCA